AUGGAUGUCGCCUCUGCCAUCUCGGGCUAUGUAUCGAAGAUGGUGUCCGUGGGAGACAGUCCCACAGGCACAUCUACAGCGAAAAUGAAGAUAUUGCUACUCGAUAGCGAGACUGUAUCGAUACUCUCUACCGCCAUAACUCAAUCAGCCCUGCUCAAGCAUGAGGUGUUUCUCAUUGACAGGCUCGACAACCAUGCGAGGGAGAAGAUGCGACAUUUGAGGUGCCUAUGCUUCGUUCGACCUUCGCCAGACUCAGUACAAUUCUUGAUCGACGAGCUGAGAGCACCCAAAUACGGAGAAUACAACAUCUACUUCAGCAACAUUAUCCGCAAAUCGUCAUUGGAACGUCUGGCUGAGGCGGACGAUCAUGAGGUCGUCAAGGCGGUGCAGGAGUACUUUGCAGACUAUAUCGUGAUCAAUCCAGACCUGAUGUCUUUGAGCCUAGCAUAUCCGAAGCAGAGGAUAUGGAGUCACAGUGCAGACCUUUGGAACAGCGAUGCGCUACAACGAAGUACAGAAGGAAUCAUUGCCUUACUGCUAUCGCUCAAGAAGAAGCCUUUCAUCCGCUACGAGAAGAACAGUCUAAUGGCCAAAAAGCUCGCUACUGAAGUCCGAUAUCAACUGACACAAGAAGAGCAACUAUUCGACUUCCGUAAAACCGAUACACCUCCAAUCCUGCUCAUCCUCGACCGGCGCGACGACCCCGUUACCCCCCUUCUCACUCAGUGGACCUAUCAAGCAAUGGUCCACGAACUUCUCGGCAUAUUCAACGGUCGGGUCGACCUUUCCUAUGUCGAGAAUAUUCGCCCGGAGCUAAAAGAGAUCGCCCUCUCUCAAGACCAAGACCCCUUCUUCAAAAAGAACAUGUACCAAAACUUCGGCGACUUGGGCGGCAACAUCAAAGAAUACGUAGAACAAUUCCAGUCGCGCACCAAAUCCAGCAUGCAAAUCGACAGCAUCGCCGAUAUGAAACGUUUCGUAGAAGACUACCCAGAAUUCCGUAAACUCUCCGGCAACGUCUCCAAACACGUCGCCUUGGUUGGCGAACUCAGCCGCCGUGUCGACGCCGAAAGCCUCCUCGACGUCUCGGAACUUGAACAAUCUCUCGUCUGCAGCGACAACCACACCACCGACCUUCGGAACCUGCAAAGAUUAAUCCCCUCCCCCAAGAUCCCUGCCGAGAACAAACUCCGCCUCGUCGCCCUCUACGCGAUCCGCUACUCCAAAUCACCCACAAACGCCCUCCCCAUCCUUCUAGACUUGCUGACCGCAGCAGGAAACGUCCCCAGCCACCUCAUCAGCACUAUCCCCAAACUCCUCGCCUACCACCACUCCCUGCAACCCGCCCCCGUCGCAGGCGGCUUUACAGAUCUCUUCGAGUCCUCGUCGUUUUUCUCCUCUAUGAUGACCCGCGACCGCUUCAAGCCCCUCAAGGGCGUCGAGAACGUGUACACGCAACACUCUCCACGGUUAGAAACAACCCUCCAGAACCUCAUCAAAGGCCGUCUAAAAGAGCUCCAAUACCCUUUUCUCGAAGGCGGAGGCCACACACGCGACAAACCUCAAGAUAUCAUCAUCUUCAUGGUAGGCGGAACGACGUACGAGGAGGCCAAGAUGGUGGCGCAGGUCAACGCCAGCAGUCCCGGUGUCCGAGUGGUGUUGGGCGGGACGACGGUGCAUAAUAGUCAGACAUUUUUGGAUGAGGUGAGAGAUGCGGUGGAGGGGUGGCCGGAGGAGCGGGCUGCGACGGCGGAGGGGAGAGUGAGGAGGGAGGUUGGGCGGUGA